GCCGUAUUGGGUGUGUUCCUCGCUGACCUCGGCUGAACUCCUCGGUGCUUCUCUCACCGGUCGCUGUCCCUCUUCCGUAUAACAGUGUUUUCGACCGACGUUCCCCCUCCGGGCCGUGUCAUCCCCCGCGUCGCGUCGGGACGGAAUCAAGUGCGAGAUUAAAAUUGUGGCCGGUUCUCCUCGACGCGGGACGUUGGAUUUCCACACCCCGGGACCUUUAAUCGGCCUCACCUCUCACCGGCCGGACCCACCUUUGGAUUAUUCGCCGGCCUGCGACGCGGAUCUCUCCAAGGUACGUCGGCAAAUGUGUGCGUGCAUACCGAAUUGGGUAUAUCUAAUGGCGGCUCUGAAGGUGCAGCGGGGGGCAACGUGUAGGAUGGGCUCGACGGUACGUGGAAUUCUGCUGCAUUGAAGAGGAGGAUCCCGAGAGGAAGCUGCGGAGAUGCCAGCCUCGCAACCCGCUGCCUCGGAGCGGCGAAACGACAGAAUGACGACCCACGAACCACCGAAAUUGAAAACGACUCUGAAGACCCCCCCAAAGCAGGCCACGAACCCUCUGCAAUUCGUCAAGGUCGGGCCAUGUUCCUUGUACCGCACCGCCCAGGAACAGCUGCAGAAGGUGCAGGAGGUGAAGAAGAUAAAGCAAGAGGUCAGAGACGACCCCGAGGACUGGCAAUCGAAUCUGGAUAACUGGAAGAGCAGCAGGAGGAAGCGCCAGGAGCACAUAAUCGAACGAGUGGUCGAGGUGAAGAAGCUCGAAUUGGAGGAACACGAUAGGCAGCGACGCCGGAGCAAAACGUUCUCGGAGAUGAUGGAAGAGCGAGGGAACCGGGGUCGUAAACUCAGCAUCAGUCUGGCCGUGUACCACGAGGAGGACUCGAACGAUUUGAGCGAUCUCGGGAUCGGAACCAGCAGCGGCAAGAGUUCCGUUAGCGGAGAUACCCACGACGAUACGCACAGCGUUCUCAGCGACCGGGACAGCGAGAUCGAGAAGAACCACUCGGACGUGGAGAACACCGCGAACGAGAACGGGAGCGCCGAGUCGAAGAAGCCGGGCUUCGAGAACGGGUUCCACGGCAACCACAACCACCAGGAGUACGACUCGGCGACGACCGCGACGACGAGUUCGCCGGAGCCGGAGGAGUACACCUACGAGGGAGCGAUUCGAGGCUACGUGUCCAGGGUGUCGCAGAACAUCCCGAGAAGGUCCCUGGCGAGUCUGGACGGGAAGCUGGAGAGCGCCAAGUCGGCGAUGAACGGGUCCAAGUCCGGCUUGCUCGAGGAAAAGGGACCCGCGGUGAAGGUGGACAUCCUGAAGAGGCGCGAGAUCUUCGAGAAGGGCACCCAGAAGGGCACGGACGGCAAGACGAACCGACCGUCCGGUGACUUCGCCGGCAGCAAGUCGAUCAAGGAGAGACUCUCCAGCCUGGAGAGGCAGAAGUACGAGGCAGAGGAGAAGAGCGCGAAGGCCUCGAACAGGCUCUCGGGCGACAUGAGCACCAUUCGCGAGAGGCUGUCCCACCUGGAGAAGCAGGCGACGGAGCGCGAGAGCAAGAGCAGCCUGACGAAGCUGGCCGUCGAGGACGUGGACGUAGUCAGGCCGCUGAGGGAGAGGCUGUCCACCUUGGAGAAGUACAGCAGCAGCGACGAGUCCUCGGCCCCGGGUUCCAGCGGCCACGAGAUCCGGCACAACGGCGAACUCUCGGCCAAGUCCAUCAAGGACCGCCUGUGCGCUCUGGAUUCCGUAAGAAACAAGGAGGCCGAGAAGAGGCCACCCGGCAAGCACGGCCUCUGCUUCGGGGAUAACGAGACCGGGAUCGAAACCUCGACUCCCAGUGAGAGGAGCUCGUCGCCGGACUCGGAGUACCGAGCACCCAGGGCAGCCUUCCACCGCAGUCUGGACUCUCUGGACGCGGACGCCUCCAGUGGACCUGACACCUUCGAGAGGGUCCAAAGCCUCGAAGAGCUGGACUAUGGUCGUCGCUAUCCAGCCUCAUCUUCGUCCGCCGAGCUCUUGAACGACACCGAUCGAGAGGACUCCGGCAUUCACACGGCCGACGUGAGCUGCUCCGUCAGCCAGGCCGACGAGCCCGUCGACGAAGAGAUCGUACACGCGAACGCGAUAGCCGAGAGGCAGGAGCUCAUCGAGGAGAAACCCGAAUCCGCGCAGACGAAGGAGAUACACGCUCAGGCGAAGAGCGAGGAGACCAAAGCGGUGUCUGAUGUGGAGCCGUUGGCGGCUCUCACCAGCCAAUCGGAAGCGGCAGGAACAAGAAAGGGAACUGCCGAACCUUCUGGGGAACUGUCGACUAACACGUCUCAGCCACAGACAUUCGUAGAAGUAGCUAACGUUAACUCUCUCCGUACCUCGACGUCGAGCCGUCCCGUCGUCUACCAAAGUCCCAGAGUACCUCCCCGAAGAACCCCUCCCGAAAUAGCCAGACCCAAGCCGGUCGCCGCAUCCCACAAGGUGCCGUCCGAGCUAAGCCCUCCAAAAACGUCAACGGAAUCCAAACUUCCGAUUCCCUGCAGUCCGGAAGGGUCCUCCUCGUCCGACCAGUCCAGCCCAAACGAUUCCGUGGACCGCUUGGUUCAAGAAUCCUGCCGAAGACCAACGACCAAAGACAAGACGAGUCCUCCCAGUCUCAGCUCAGAGGACCUCAAAGACCUCCAGGAGGACCUACCUCCUCUUUUGGAGUCUCCGGAGUCUCCUGCGGCUCUUACUCCAACCUUUUCAUACCCCAACACGGAGGCCACCGGUACCUCGAACCCAGCAUCACCAACCACGAGCCAAGAACCCAAGACCCCGACCACGCCUUCAACCCCAUCCCCUAGAUCAUCCAAGAUACCAACACCUCUUCCUCGCAAGACGGCCCUCGGCAAGACCUCAUCGACCUCUUCGUCACCUUCCUCCAGCACUCCCAGCACCCCUUCGUCGCCUCAGCCCAUUCCAGUCUCCCCUAAACCUCGAACAGGCACGAAGAUCCCUGGUUCCAUCGCGAAAGCGUCAUCCUCGACUCUCGUGACCCCAUCCACCGAUGUUCCGUCACCUUUUACCAGCGCGAGGUCCUCGUCGCCGUCGUCUUCCCGCAAUGCCUACUCGUUGCCCACGUCUCCGUCAACGGCAAACUCCCAACCUUUGGAUGCGGCACCGUCGAGUCCAUCCUUGCCCAUCCCUUCGACGGAGUCCCCAGCGGCGCUGGAGGAGCGGCCAGCCGAUCGACGCCGCACGGUGGUGGAGGUUUGCGAAAAGGUGGUGGUACCUCUGGGCGAGGCCCCUCCGACUCUUCCGGUGACCCCGUUCAUCACGGUGGCCAGAGUAGAGAGCGACGGGAGCUUCGAGGAACAGAUCGUAAUGCAGAAAACGAUCCAAGAGUCGAACCGUGAAAUCCCACUAUCCGUCGAGAAGGAGGAGCGAAAAAUGACUGAAGUUACAAUAAAACCGGAAGGUAACCCAGUUCCCCGGAAGGACAGCAAAGAGGCGUUGAAAGUACCCGAGGAUUUGAAAGUCUCGCCUUCUUUGGAUCGACCGACGCUGCUGAUCCUAGGAAAAAGUGAACCUCCGGAUCCCGAAGGCCUAGACUUUCCGAGCCCAGGGUCGCCGAUGUCUAAGCAGAUUCUGCCGUUGAACCUCUCCGACAGCGAGGAAAUGAUCGCCGGCCUGGCUUUCCCUCUAGGACCGCCAACCAGCGUGGAACCACCCAAAGAAAAACCCCCACCACCUCCGUUGGACCUCAGCGACGAAGAAAGCGUUCCCGUGGAACCGCUGAAGAGGCUCAACUCCACCAGAAGGAUAAAAAAGGAACUCCGCACCAGGCGGUCCGAUUUCCUGGGUAUCGAAGGGGUCAACGACGACGACCUGGAGCGAGAGCUGACUCUCGCGAAGCCUCCAGACAUGGCGGCCAUUCUAGCUGAAGAGAGACGCAUCGAGCAGCUCCAUCGACGCUCCUUCGACACGGACAGCAAUUACGAGCAAGACUCCAGCCAUGAAAGAGAUUCCGGAGUCGAAUUGGGCCACGCCGAAGACUGGACCAAGCAGCCUAUCAGUCCGGAUAUGUCUCAGCACAGCCGGCAAAGUAGCGAGCCUUUCGGGGCGAGCGUAACUUCUUCGGAAGAGGACGAAAUAACGAAGAAAGAGCGAGAGAUCAUCGGGGUCCUUGAAAAGGAGGAACAAUGGCGUUACGGCAACAACUGCGAUCCGAACAGGAACAGCGACAUCGGCGAGAAGCUCGCUCACAAGCUGCGCGAGCUCGAGGAGGAAAAGAUGCAGCUGGAACGAGAGCGGGCUCAAGAAGUGGAGCUGCGUCGACAAGAGACCCUGCGGAAGAACGAGGAGAACAUUCGCAAGCAGGAAGACGCGUUGAGGAAGCAACAGAAGGAAGUGGCGAGGCAGCAGGAAACGGCCCGAGCAGAAGCAGAAGCUAGAUGCGCCGAAGAAAAGAGACAGGAAGAGGAACUCAGGAUACAGACGGAGCAAAUGAGGAUUCAGACCGAGAUCGAGGAGAAGGAGAGAAGAGCCCUUGAACUCAGGCGUCAGGAAGAGCUGAGGAUCAGAGCCAUCGAGAGCCAGAUUCGCGAACAGGAGACUAAGACAAUGAUGGGUGCAGGGUUGAGCAACCGUGAGGACGAAUUUGCUUCUGGGGAAGUCCUUCGAGUCGAAAGAGAACUCCUCCAACUUGAGCAAGAAGAGCUGAAGAGGCAGCGCAGUAACUUGGCCUACCGAGAACAGAAGCAGCAACAAUUGGCCGAACAACUUCAGGAACAAUGGAAGUCUCUACAAGAUGUCGCUCACGUACCAAGUAGUAACACUCAGCAAUUCAAACAGUUAUCGGCAACGAGCUACAGGUCUUCCAUGCCGAAUCUGCAACUUCAAGAUGGCCAGAGAAGAAGACCGCCACCUCCACCUAUUCCACCGGCCAAGCCCUUACGCCUGGCUGAACAAAGACAACGAGACGUUACCAUUAGGAACAGCCGCAUUCCGUCCGCGGACUCGAUUCCGCAGCAAGUGGAUCCAGUUCUGCGGCACAGUGCAUCGGCAACGACCUUGGCGACGCAUGCUGGCCAGCAGAUGACCAGACAAACCUUGCAAGCCCUAAGUGCGGUUCCUCGUCCGAGAAUAGUUCAAGGAGACCAAUGGGUCCAACGUAGGAAGAGCGACAUCCCUCGCGGAGCUCGCGACUUUAACUACCAACACUGGCUGAUACAAGAGGCUGAGCAAAGGCGAAUCAACGAGAAAAACCAGCGUUCUCCUCUUCGCAAAUCUCAGCCUCACGUUACGGGCACAUCCGUACCCUACACCGCCGUUCCUCCAAGGUCGGACAGUAAACCAUUGCCAGACUCCAUUAUCCAGACACUUACGCAGAGAGUACAAAACCGGGCCCAAGAGAAGCCUCUUCCUCCCAGAAGAAGGCUAGAGCACAGUACGAGUCAGGAACACCUUCCUCCUCUGGUACACCAGUCGCAGCAGCAGCAUGCAGUUCAGCAGCAGAAGGUGCAGUCCUCCACAAACGGGAACGUUGACUCCCAGGAGAAGAUGUUGAGUGUCAGCGGAAAGAAGAAGUGUUCCCACUGUGGAGAUGAACUAGGGAGGGGAGCUGCAAUGAUCAUAGAAAGUCUUCGACUGUUUUACCACAUGGAGUGUUUCAAGUGCUGCGUGUGUCAUGUGCGACUCGGAGAUGGCCUUAUGGGAACGGACGUGCGUGUUCGAAACCACAAGCUCCACUGCCAUAACUGCUACUCCAGUGACGACGGUGUCAAGUUCAGCUGCGUGUAGAAAGGCGGGCCUAACGGAUCUAAGCUGACUAGCUUGAAUAUAGCACGUUUUGGCUAUAUUUUCUAAGUCGUAGUUGACCGUCGCGGUACCUCGUUGAAGCGGUACCGUAUCAUCCCAUCGUUCCACACGACGCGCUAUCGCCUUGUAAAUACACGACAGAAUCUAAACGGAGAGACGAAUACCGACGUGACAACUACUUCCUGCUAAGCGAAAGAAUAGGUAAUCGGAUGAAUUCGUUACCUUCAAGAGAAGAGCUCAGUUUUUACAGAUUGUUUCGUUUAUCGCGGACUAACAAAUAGGUACGGGCAGCAUACGGCGCGCGUACUUGGCGCGCACGUAUACAUACAAACGGAUACGUAGGGACCUGUAAAUAGCGUGUAUUUAUGUAAUUAACGUAACGUCAGAGGUGUCAUCGGCUGACGGUAGUCAGCACGUUGCCGAAAGAGUGUACAUUCUUGUAUUAUAGUUUGUGAUAUUUAUGAGAGUUUUCGGUGUGCAGGCUGCACGAGAAUUGGUCAGCCUUUAGAUCGUAUUGGAUAGAGAGUAGGUUCGUUAAGUGUUUACGAUAACAGUGUCUAAAAUCAAAUCGAUUAACGUGUCGUCGGAGAAUGUUAAACCUUAGUUGCUCUUACGUAAAGUAACCAUUAACAUUAGGUUUGUUAAGGCCUAAUCGCAGAUGCAGAUCCUUCCUCCAUUGAAAUUGUUUUGACCUAUAGUCCGAAUAGAUAAUGAAGCAUCCACACGGGUAAGCCGAUCGAUUUCGGUUAAUCCCCGUAGGCGAGGUUCAUCCUUCCGCCUGUAGUCCCCUUCCCGAAGAGCAUAAUUAUAUUACUGUGAAAUAUUGUAAGAUACAUGUUUCGUGUUAUUACAGUGUGUAAUUUUAUAUUAUCGAAAAAAUAAAUGUUUAUUAUAGUCUUUGUGA